AUGGGGGCGUGUGCGACGAAGCCUGCUGAUCUCAAGGUAAAAGGUGAGGCGCCGGUGGUUCUGGAGGACGCCGCGGAGAAGAAGAUCGCCGGUGUGGCUGUGGCUGAAACUGAACCGGCCGCCGAUGGGAGUCGCCGGAGGUCUCUCAGCGACCUGCUCAAAGAGAACGACGAGAGUGACGUCGAGGCUCCGGAGGCAGAGAAGAAGGCUGAAGAACCUGCAGCAGCUACCGCUGUUGAAAAUGGAGCGACAGAGCAGCAGCUAGCAGUUGAGCCCUCCACUGCGACGACCGAGCCAAAUCACACGGCCGAAAUCCUGGAGCCAGAGGAUGCACGGGAUGCGCAGGUGGUGGAAGAAGAGAAGCGUGUGGAUCCUGAUUCAGUUCAGAACGACGAGAGUGACGUCGAGGCUCCGGCGGCAGAGAAGAAGGCUGAAGAACCUGCAGCAGCUACCGCUGAUGAAAGUGAAGCGACGGAGGAGCAGCUAGCAGUUGAGCCCUCCAUUGCGACGACCGAGCCAAAUCACACGGCCGAAAUCCUGGAGCCUGAGGCUGCAGAGGAUCCCCAGACACAUCCACAGGUGGUGGAAGAAGAGAAACAUGUGGAUCCUGAUUCAGUUCAGGUUACUGUUGUUGAUUCUGCUGAAAGUGUUGAAGAGAGCAAGGUCGUCGCCGAUGCGUCUACCUGA